CACAAUGAAAUUCUCAAUUGCCUUAGCUACCACUGCCGCUAUCCUUUCAGUCGCCAGUGCUGUUCCAGUAUACCUUGAAAGACGUGAUCCAGUAUACUUGGAAAGACGUGGCGCAGGUGCAAGAAGUGCAAGUGUUAGACGUGGUGCAUUGGAUGAAGCCUUGCCAACUAAACGUGGAGUCCUUACCAGAGAUGAGCACGAUCAUCACGAUGACCACAUCGAUUUCCACCACUUGAGCCACGACGAAGAGAAGGCUCUCUACCAAACUGGUGACUACUACCCAGAGCUCUUCUCAGAAGAGGCCUAUGAUCACAAGGCUGAACACAAGAGUGAAGAGAAGCACGAUGAUAAACACGAUGAACACGAUGACAAACAUGACGAGCACGAUGAUCAUGAGCAAGAAGAACACUAAGCGCCAUUAUCAGUAUAUCCAAUUAACGACUUAAUAUUUGUAAGCAAAUUAAUGUGCAAUUCUUCUCACUUGAGG